CCCUAUGAACCCCGAUGCGGGUUUGAUUACUGCGCUCGUAGAGCGGUGGCGACCCGAGACGUCGACCUUCCAUCUACCGUGUGAGAGCUGGACGGUUCGCCUGGGGAGCUGCUGUUUUAUCCUACCUGUACCGUGAGAUGGGUAGGUCGACUUUGCACAUUACGCAUACCGACACUUCUCUGCGGUGACCUUGGUGGAUGGGUCGCCCUACUACAGUUCUGGGCGUGGGAGCGAUUCCCACAUCUGGCACCUCGAGAUUCAGAGACGAGGGCACAGGCCACCGAGGAUGCAUCCCCACGUGGUCUUCGAUGGCUUUUGGCCAACAGUCGUCAGUAUGGUGACCAGCUAUUCCAGUACAAGCUGUGGUUUGACGCGAUGGACACCGUGGUGGUUAGUAUAUAA